AGCAUAUAAACGCCCAAUACGUGACAAUGUUCCGAUUGCUAAGAUAUUUUAAACAAUAAAUAAUAUGACUUUGUCUUUGAAAACAAAUUGAAAGAAUAAUAAGAAAAAAUUUACAUUUCAAAUAAAACUGUCACUCUCUCUUUCCUUUAAAAAAACUACUAAGCACCCAUACAUAGUAUGUUUCUGAUGAAAAAUGAACGAAUAUGCAUAACUUUGUGAAACCGGUGAAAACCGGCCGGUCGAACUCACUCAACCGGCCCGGUACGGCACGGGCCCGGACCGGUUACAACUGUGUGUUACAGAAUGUUGUUUAUAAACAACAUUCAGUAGAGUAGCCAUCACAUUAGACUGACGAUAAUCGUUAAUUGAAAAAAUCCAUUUUGCCAGUGUUUAUUAGCGCAAUAUGUUCCAUCUGCAAAUUAUUUUUUUAAACACUCUGAUGAUGAUCGGAGUCCAUCCAGAGACAUGUUUCUUCAUUGUAACAUCUUCGUUUUUUUCUUUAGACGUACGACAACUGAUAGCCCAACUUUGAUUUCUUUUCUUUGAUUUUUCAGCUUUAAGAAACCGUCGUAGUGAUAAUACCAAUGUUGGAGACGCACCAAUUGAACAUUAUUCUGAAUCGGAGAGCACCGAGGAAGAGAACGAUGAAGGCGAAAGUAAAUAUGCAUCAAAUUAA